AUGGCGGAGGCAGAGGGGGUGGCCGAGGCCCCAGGCCCAGCCUCGGGUCAGAUUUUCAAGGGUCGCCGCUCUAUGUCUGGCUCCUGGGAGCGGGACCAGCAGGUUGAGGCGGCGCAGCGGGCCCUGGUGGAGGUGCUGGGGCCUUACGAGCCUCUGCUGAGCCGAGUGCAGGCAGCCCUGGUGUGGGAGCGGCCAGCCAGGAGCGCCCUGUGGUGCCUGGGGCUGAACGCGGCUUUCUGGUUCUUUGCCCUGACAUCCCUUCGUCUUGUGUUUUUACUUGCAUUCAGCUCAAUGAUCAUUGUGUGUAUAGAUCAAUGGAAGAACAAAAUCUGGCCUGAAAUAAAAGUGCCAAGACCCGACGCGUUAGACAAUGAGAGCUGGGGCUUUGUGCACCCUCGGUUGCUCAGCGUGCCCGAGCUCUGCCACCACGUAGCUGAAGUCUGGGUUAGUGGGACCAUUUUCAUAAGGAAUCUUUUGCUUUUCAAAAAGCAAAACCCAGGCAAGUUCUGCUUGCUGAGCUGUGGGAUACUGACCUUUUUGGCUGUCUUGGGCCGCUACAUCCCUGGGCUCCUGCUCUCCUACUUAAUUCUUGUCACUGUCAUGAUGUGGCCCCUCGCUAUGUACCACCGACUGUGGGACCGAGUGUACGUAUGGCUGAAGCCCGCACUGCAGCGGCUAGACUUCAGUGUUCGUGGCUACAUGAUGUCCAGGCAGAGAGAGAGGCAAUUGCGGCGCAGAGCUCUCCACCCAGAGCAUGCUGUGGACAACCACAGUGACAGCGAGGAGGAGCUUGCUGCCUUCUGUCCUCAGCUGGAUGAUUCCACUGUUGCCAGGGAACUCGCCAUCACAGACUCCGAGCACUCAGAUGCUGAGGUCUCCUGUACAGACAACGGUACAUUCAACCUUUCACGGGGCCAGACACCUCUAACAGAAGGCUCUGAAGACCUAGAUGGUCACAGUGAUCCAGAGGAAUCCUUUGCCAGAGACCUUCCAGACUUCCCUUCCAUUAACGUGGAUCCUGCUGGCCUGGAUGAUGAGGACGAUACCAGCAUCGGGAUGCCCAGCUUGAUGUACCGGUCCCCACCAGGGGCCGAGGAGUCUCAGGACCCCCCUGCCAGCCGGGAAGAGGCCGCACUGCCGGAGCUUUUGCUUGGUGCCCUGCCUGCAGGAUCCAACCUCACCAGCAACCUUGCUAGCCUGGUUUCGCAGGGCAUGAUCCAGCUGGCCCUGGCAGGGGCCUCCCAGCCAGGCCCGUCUGGCCCACCUCCCCGGAGAGCCGCCAGAGGUGUCCUCAGGGCACCCAGUUCAGACCUGGACACUGAUGCUGAGGGGGAUGACUUUGAACUUCUGGACCAGUCAGAGCUGAAUCAGCUGGACCCUGCCAGUUCCAGGAGCCACUGA